AUGUCCGUCACUCGAUCAAGCACCAUCGAUCACGGUCUCCAGCUCGCCCUGCGCUACAUGAGCACAGAUGUGAGAUAUCCAGGUCAUGUCCCGCUCAGCUCCGUUCAAAAUGCCCUCUUGGCUGUUGGCAGCGGUGUCGUCGGUGUUCUAGAUACCAGUAGGGGAGACCUCAUUGCGAGCUUGUCCGAAUCUACCGCCAGCACGUUUCUGCCGUCGCUUCACGAAGCUAUGACGGCGAACGCAGAAGGACGCCAAAUCAUGCGGGAUAGGCCCAGUAUAAGCUCGGAUGUUCAGAAUAAACUUUGGAAGCUCAAGCGGGGCACGCUCGGACGAGAAUGGGUGGAGUGGUGUCGCAGAGGAGAUGUCACGCCGGAUACUAGGCUUCCAGUGCAAUAUGUUGACUCGCCCGCCCUCGCAUAUACCAUGCUUCGCUAUCGACAGACACAUGAUCUCUACCACACUCUGUUCUCUCUUCCUCCUACGCUUCCCCAUGAGCUAUCCCUCAAGGUGGUCGAAUGGGCCAACAUGUCCCUCCCCGUCGCUGCAUUGUCGUCUAUCUUCGGUCCCUUGAGGUUGAGCAACGCUCGACGAGAUACAUGGAUCCGCGAUUGGGUCCCAUGGGCUCUGCGGACCGGUAGCCAGGGUGCCUCUUUGGUUGGGGUGUACUGGGAAAAGCGAUGGGAGCAGGGAGUGGGUGAUCUUCGGAGAGAGCUUGGGGUGGGGCGAAACGAUCUGACAGGCGUGGAAGCUAGGUGGAAAGGGUAUGGUCAGAUCAGACAAAUGGAACGGGAUCUCAGGCGAAAGGGAGAAUGGGUUGAUGAGCCUGAGUCUUGGUGA